AUGCAAAAAGAAACUUCUUCUGUUAACACUUCACAUUAACAAUAGCAAUAACAACAAAAUAAGGAGGAGAGUAAAUUAAAAAGUCUAUUGUAGGGCAGCUAUGAUUACAUUCAUAGGGAGACUGGGAAGAUGAUUUAGAAAGUAAAUUCGAUAUAAAUAUACGUGAUUAGAAACUCUAUAAGCGUGCAUUCUAGCUUUUAGAAAAAUUUUACAAUCAACGAAAAGACCUAGAAUUAGGAGAAAUGGUUAUGUUGAAUCGCAGAAUGAUUAAUUGCAUUAACAAAAUUCUCAAGUAAGGAUUGCUUAAGCCUGACAUCGAACAAGACAGACCAGAGAUUAUGCUCCAGAAAUUUCAUAGGGGAAGCCAAGCUAUUUUUGAGUUAUACAAAUACAUUAAUCUGUAUAUUUAAAAAGUUAUACCGAAUGAGAUGAAGGGAGUUGUGUAAGGCAAUUAAAUAGCUAAUUAGUUUGGAGGAAGUGUCUCAUUUGACAAGCUCUGAUGAGGAAGGCGAAGAGAGAAUAAAGGAACACGAAGUUACAGUACUCUUUUAUAAGAUCAAUGAAUACGAUAAGCCCAAGAAGGAGAGAACUAAAAAAUAAGUUAAGGAAUUGAUGAACCCUUACGAACAGGAGAUUUCAGAAACCAGUCGAAUUGCAAAUAUGAUUGUAAAAACUGUCAAACCUUUGAAUAUUCAAUUUGAGUUGGAUCAGUACUUUUAUAAUUUGAUUGAACUUCAAUUAAUGGCCAAUUUAAUUUUCAAGAAAGCAAACAAACCAAAAGUGGCCUAUUAUUAUUUGGUGGAAGCUUAAAGAAUUGCCAAACAAAUUAUUGACACUCCCAAUCCUAAUUUAGUGAAUGCGUGUGCAAGGGUAAAGAUGUAUUUGGCCAAUUAUUUGUACGAAAUAAGUGAAUAUAAGGAGUCAUUAAGAGUUGCAGAGGAAGCCAUAGUGAUCUUAUGCGGGGAGAUGAGAAUCAGGAUAAAUCAGGAAAAAUUCGUAUAGAAGAAAAAUAAAUAGAGGUAUAUAAGUGUUACUUAUCCCAAAAUAGGGAGAGAAGAAGAAUGAAAAGAUGUGUGAUAACAACAUUGUCAGCAUUAAUCAUUAUGAUGUGUAAUUAUGAGGCAGAAAAUAAUUAUCAUAGGAUUGUUGAAACCUUAACUACGGCCAGUUGGUUGGCUGAUAAAUACAUUCAAGGAAUUGAUGAAUUCAAAAAAUACAUUAUUAAAUUGGCAAGCGAAGGCAAACAUAAAUUGGAACAGAACCUAAAGGAUUUGGCAGAUUUGAGUUACAUAGCUGAGUCUAUUUUGGAUUCAGAAUUGCAUAAGAUCAGAAAGAAUUAAAGAGAUUAGAGAGAACAAUCAGAAUCUGAUUAUCUAAAGAAAUUCAACAGUGACAUGUUUAAUCUCUUCUAAAUCAAAUCAUUGAACGAAUAGUUGCAUUUUAAAACUUAGGUAAAGGAAGAAUAGAAAAAAAAACAAUAAUUUGAUAAUAAAAUAGUUGAAUAAUCAUAACCUCAUGGCACUGAUGCUUCGAUCAAUAUAUUUGAUAGUGACUCUAAUAGUAAGGAUAGCUUUUUUGAGGGCAGUUUCUUUGCUCCAUCCAUGGACAACUUAUAAUUCGAGUCAAAGUUGUUUGAUGAAAAAAGACCAUUAUCAACUUCCAGAAAGCCAAAUAAUAGAAAAAUAGUUAAGCCCAACAGAUAGAAGGGUAAGUCUGUGGGCUUAAUCAAAAUUGGUCUCGAAAGACCCUAAGAUUAUAAGUCAAGGAUAUUGACAACUACUCAAUAUUUUAAUGAAUAUCAGAAACCAAAAGUAUAAGAGGAGAAGAAUGUAAGCAAUACUGGAGCUUUGCUAAAAAGACAAUUGGAAAAUCUAGAGUAUAGAGAACAUCCAGAUAGAGAUGAACAUCACAAGUAGGAUUUAGAUGUAUAUGUUAACAAAAUGGUCAAUGGAAAGAUUCAAUCCAAUGAGAUCAGAGAUUAUAAUGAGUAAAAUAAUUGUGUAUUUUAGUAUAUUAGGGCAAUUAUUCACUUUGAGAAAGAAGGAAGACUUUGAUAAAAAGGAGUUUUAGUUUGGAAAAAGGAUGUUGAAUCUUAAAGCCAAAGAAGAAAUUAUGUUUUAUAAGGAAUCUUUUAAGACACCUCCUGUAAAGGUUGAGAUUGAUACCAAAGUUAAAGAUCUUGCUCACAUUAUAGAUGGUAAAAUUACUGCAGAAAAGGAUCUCAGGGACUUAAAAAGAAGAAAGAUUGAUAAAAUGGUUGCUGGUAAAAAAAUAGUUCAAACUAAUGUGAAUAUCGAUUUAAAGGAUCCAGAAGAAACUAAUUAUUUAAAAAAGGUAUUAGAAAAAAGCAAAAAGAAGAAACUUAAAGAUUUGAUCUAUAAACAUAGGGAAUCAUUAGGAUUAGCUAAAUUCUUUGCCAAUUAAUUAAGAGAAAUGAGAGAAAAGGAAAGAAUCUUAAAACUCAAAUCAGCUUUAGAAAAAGAAAUAUCUUUAGAUGUUCCAGACAAUCAGAGCCAAUAAUAACAGCAUGUAAAAUAAAAGAAGAGUGUAAAAAUAGUUGUACAAUAAGGAGAUAAAUAAUAAACAUAAUAAGUCUCUCUUUAACCCUCUUAAUUACACCAAUCUCAAGUUGUGGCAGAUGAUCCAAAGAAUUUAGUCUAAGUUUCCUUGAGUUAACAAAAAUCAAAUUCAUAAACAAGCUUGCCUAAAACCAUACUAAAGAGACAAAAGGAAGUUAAAAGUGUUAAGGAAAGUCCUUAAAUAAGUUAAACUGUGAUUUCGAUGGAUGCUUAAGGAACAGACUUAAUAUUAUAAUAAGAAAAGCUAUAGAAAGCAAAGAAGGUUAUAAAAGAUCAGGUUGAAAAAUAAUAGAAAAAGUCUCAUUAAGUUAUUGGAAUGAUAGUUGAUGCAGUUGAAAGGAAGAUGGAUAUUGAAAACAAAGAGUUGAAGAAGAUGCUUUUUAAAUAGAAAGGGGGAUCCAAAUAAUACGUUGAUGAUGAUGAGAGAACAUAUUUAAAAUUUAUGCCGAAAUUUGCAGAAAUGAGCAGAUCAACAUAUCUAAUGUAUAUCAAGAAGGAACUAGCAGAAAAAUAAGUUAUAUCCUUAGAAGAUAUUGUAAGAGCUAAUUUGAAUAGAAAAAACUAGCUAGCAGAUAUGGCUGCAUAAAUGUUUAAAGAUAUUGGAUCACAUCCCUGA